AUGUCAUUUCCCGCCUUCCAGCUAGUAGCCAAUGGUGACGUUUAUGGGGCCACCACGUCACGCCAAAACGUCGACGCAUCUCGUGCCCAGCUCGACCAAGAGAUAUCGGCCAUAGCGAACCAAAUCACAGCAUUUCAGGCUCGAAUGCGCGAGCUCAAGACCAAACGGAACGAGCUCUCCCCAGUCUCGCGUCCCCCACCCGAAGUCAUCUGCAAAAUCUUCGCAGAAAUACGCUCGUCGCUCGGGGAUAGCAAGUUUCUUUGGACUUCCAUCCUCCGCGUCUGUCGAAGAUGGAGGUACGCAGCGUUGGACCAGGCGACGUUUUGGAGCGAUGUAUCUGAUGUGGACGUGCCGCUGGCUAUGGUGCCUACGAUGAUCGGGUACUCGAAGCAGGCGCCGUUAAAGCUUUAUCUGGAGAGCGGAGAACCAUCUAUGGUGGUGGAUCCGGAUGUCGAGGAGGAGAUUAGGAAGGCCCUCGCCUCCGAGACCACUCGGCUGGAGGAGCUCUCCUUGUGCGGAACGGCGGACACGCUCGACGGGCGUCUCCUGUCCCUUGGCCCCUUGUACGACUAUACCCUCUCGUGGACGUCCCCCUUCCUCCCCAACCUCACCGACUUUGAGUUCAUCUGGUUAAAGCCCCUCCACAUGCGUCCCUUUGCACCUCAGUCCCUCUUCGAUAUCCUCGCUGUUAUGCCCAACCUCGAGCUAUUGCACCUCAACUACCCCAUCCGAACCUUCCGCGACGUACCCAGCGACCGCAACCAAAUCGUACGCUUCCCCCGUCUAAAGAAGUUGAGUAUGCACGGUUCGCCCGCGGAAUGGAGUGACUUUAUGAAGCACAUUGCUGUUCCCGUUUCGGCGGAGCUGAGACUCGACUACCACUCGUACAUCGAGGAAGACAUAGGCGAUCGAUUUAUGCCUUUCUACCUUUUGAACCCUUCGACGAUACCUGGACAACAGCCUUCUCCUGUCGAUUUCAACGUGGCCCAAGAAGAGGGUGGCAACGCCCAGCGGGGACGGGUUGUGCUCUCGGGGAGGGGGUGCAGAGAACCAGGCAACGCCGCAACGCGCCUCCUCGAAUGCAUCCCCCUCCACCAAGUCCGCUCCAUCCACCUCGAAUCCUUCGAUAUCGCACUCAGACCCUCCUUCCUCCGAUGCCCUCUCGUCGAACACAUCGCCAUCUCCGCCCCCGCACUGGGCCGGUUCACCACAGCCCUCCUCGACGAUCCCGCGUUCAAUCCACAGCCCAACUCGGGAGCCGUCCCGCACUGUUCCUACCUCCCAUCCUUGAAGUCGCUGUCGUUGGCGGGGGUGCGGUUCACCGAGGCGCCGUGUAUCGCACGGGAGGAAGAGGAUCAUACCAUGUUCUUCGAUAUGCUUUUUUCCAUGAUCCAUGCCAGGGCGAAUAACGGGGGAAAGGUGGAGGUGUUGAAGAUUGAGCAGUGUAUUAAUCUGACGAGGGAGAGGGUGGAAAGUCUGCGCCGGUGUGUGGGAGAGGUCGUCUGGGACGGUGUUGAGACGGAGGAGCUUGUGGAUUGUGGGAGCGAGUAUUGUUAUUGUAUGACUGGGUUUCCAGAGGACGAGGAUAAUGACCAGAUGGACGUUGCCUAA